AACGACCAAGAGUACCGCGAAGACUUCCUUCAGACGGGAGCUAGUUCUCAUCAGCUCAACUUUCGCUUGCACGGAUGCACUGAAGACGGUCGUAUCUUAUGCAAUGAAACAUUAUAACUACGAACGCUAUCCACUAGACGCAUCGCUUGUGGUACUCGUUAUUGAGAUGGUCAAAGCCGUUAUCGCUCUUGGCCUUCAUUUGGCUAAAGGAGGCGAUUCGGCUGCCUUUUUUGCUGUUGAUCUAUCGGUUGAUGUUCAAGCGUACAACUGUCCCUGCUCAAUGGGUAGGAGCAGUGUUUAGCGUCGUAUUUAUGCAGAUCGAGCACGUGCACAAUUUCAUGAAUUCAGUGGGCCCCGCACUUAUGCUAGCGGCAUUUUCAUCGCUGCUUUCUGCUGUGGCUGGUGUUUAUAUCGAAAUGGUUCUCAAAAGUGGAGAUGAACUAUGGCGUCGACAGUUCCAUUUGUACAUCGGGGCAUAUUUACAUUUGCUAUCACUUUCGUGUGCCUCCUUUGCAGCUAUCGAUGUGAUAGCUAAUCAUAUGUUACUAACUGGGCUCAUCUUGCUUUCGGUGGCGCUCUCCGCGGUGCAUGGAAUUGCUACAUCGUUGGUUAUUAAGAAGCUCGACAACAUCGUUCGCUUUCAGCUCGGAGCACUUAUCUAUGUGUUUACAGCAGUGCUCAAUAAGACUUUCUUCCCUGACAAAUUCAGUCUUAGUGGCUGGUAUAUUCUUAGUGUCGUGCUCGCUCUUUAUUCAAUGUUCAUCAUAGAACGGAAAAGUUUUCUGUAGUUAGUUCAUUGAAUUGAAUGAAUCCUAGUCAAAUAAGCUUUCUACUCCCCCUAGUCGUUCAUAUAUGAAAUUUCGCUGUCUACUGACUGGGGUCUGUAUGCACGUAUUGUGUCUGUACGUCUAGGAUGCACAUGCAUAUGGUACUCUUAAUAUACCUUUAACGGGUAAACGGGUUGUAACUAGUUUAUAGGCUACACAUGUGUUACAUGUGAAUCAAAGUGGGACCCGUCUGUGCCUACAGCCGAAUUGUAUAGAAACUUAAGAAAUUAGUAGAUGCAAACAAAGCUUAAGAUUAAACUAGCCUUUAAAAUACAUUACAUAGAUAAUAGUUAUUAUCGCUGGUCACCACAUCUUUGCCAACUUCUAGUUGAUUCAAAUUUCAACUUAUGCUGCAAGCGUAUGGUUUGCAUAUUGUCCAGUGGCGCAAACGAGUGCUAAAUACUGCAGGGUCAUAGUUUCUGACAGUGAAGAAAAUGUGACUGGCCUUUUAAGUUUCCAAUACUUCGCAUUUACCACGCUGAUCACAGUGUCGCACAUUUUGAUUGCAACUUAUUUAUAUAUUAUAAACUCGCCUUAUCAGAUUUUAGAAACAUUAAGUUCUGUACGCCUUUAAAAUUUCUCAAAUCGAGUGUGACGCUGUUACAAAAUUAGAAAGAAAAUGCUGAAUAUAGCAACAUUCUUCAUAGAAAAUAUGGUAUUGAUCGUAAGUAUUGACCUGUUCGGUGCAUCAAAAUAUGGACGAGUUGGCGACUUUGAAAGCGGUUAUUUUCAAACAGCUAUGAUGGUUCGAGAUUGAUAACAGUCUAGGAAGAUCAACAAAAGAAUCCGAUUCCACAUGAGCGUGAGCCAGCUCUAUUUAAAGACGCCUCAAGUAAGACAGAGUCGCCCAUUCAGGUUAUGGAUUUUUUGUCAUUAAUAGCAAGAAAAUGUAAUCAGCAGUUAUGAAUGCUAAAAAAGGUAGUUUUUUGCAACAAGAUUAGAAAGUCAGUUGCUAUUUCUGAAUCGUUUGACCCCCAAACAAGGUGCUACAUGAAUCUUCCCACAGAAGAAAAUGGAAAAAAAAUAUUGCAUUUGAUAUCGCUGUUUAUGUUUGUAAUUAUUUUUUGAUAAAAUAUCAUAUUUCGCUGAAAAAAAAUUCCACCCAAAAAGUGUAAAGCUUUAGUGGCGGAAGUUAUACAUAUACAGGGACAUCUGUGUUGUAUAUGCACAACCUUUGGACGUACUGGAACAUUGUAAGAUUAACAUGUGCGGAGAAAUAGCAACGAUGACUUUAAAUCACAUAUAUAUUCCACCAGGGUUAAUAUAACUACAAUAAAGAAUGUUCUUAUAUGGAUUGUUUUUAUAAUAAGAAAUAAAAAAUAUA